CAUGUGAAGCCACUCCGUAUCACACUCCAAACUCCAACAUUCAAGCUUCGAAGGAAUCGUCGUCAAUCUACACGUGAGCUGAUUGAAGCAAUGGCAGCCAUGGCCACUCUCGCUCUUUCCGGCCCUGUCGCCGGUCUCGGAGGGUCCGCUCUCUUGGUGAAGUCGACUCGCUCCAAGAUGCAGCUCACCUCUGCUUUCGUCCAGAGGACCUCCUUGGUCGCGGCACCCAAGAGCGACCUGUGCAUGUCUCGCGUAACAUGCUUCGAAAGAGAUUGGUUGAGAAAGGACCUCUCCGUUAUCGGAUUCGGUCUCAUCGGGUGGAUUGCUCCCUCAAGCAUUCCAUGCAUCAACGGUAACAGCCUGACCGGCUUGUUCCUCGGAAGCAUCGGCCCAGAGCUGGCCCACUGGCCCACCGGUCCCGCCCUCACCUCCCCCUUCUGGUUGUGGAUGAUCACAUGGCACUUGGGUCUCUUCAUCUGCCUCACCUUCGGUCAAAUCGGAUUCAAGGGCAGGAAGGAUGGUUACUUCAACAAGGAGUAGAUUGGCUACACAUCAAUCUGUCGAUAUGAACUUUACGAAAUGGAGUUUUCAGUUUACCACGGAUGUAUACCUUUGUAAUAUGCCUUCAGAAUUUGUAAUCUAGACAACAUCACGUUCGGGAAAGUGGCCCAUCAAUUGUACCAUGUAUGUCGGUCUUAUUUGC